AUGGAGACAGUAAGCGGGCGUUCUCAUCAGCGGAUCUGCCUUCCUGUUCACCCCCCGUCCCUGCCCCACCGAGCUCACCUCGGGCGGGCGACAGUGGGACGCCAGCCCGGCGGGAAGGCAGAGAGACGCGAGAGGAUGCAGGUGGGGCUGUGUCUCCCCCUCGGCCCCACCUUCCGGGGUCGCCUGGGACCCAGCGCCUCAGCCCGCGGUCCCCACGGCCGCGCCCGCCCCUGCGGCUUCCGGCCCCCGGAGCCUCGGACGCCCCGGGGCGGACCCGCGCGCGUGCUGUGGUCCUGGAUGCUGGUGCACGGGCUCGAAGCCCGGAGCAGCCCGGGGUCCCUCCCCGAUGCUGUGUCCUCCGCUGUCCCGUCCGCGCGCCUCCUGCUGGCCGCUCUCCUAGUUCAAGCUCAAGGGGCGCCGGCUGUGAGUCAGGGGAGGAGGCGGCAAGGUGGAAGGGGCGUGAAUGUUUGA